AUGGCUGCCUUGAAGGAGAAGAGGACUUGUGGGCAACGAUGUGAAGACUUCGGCCGUUUUGUCUGGAACUCUGACGAGGGGACGUUAAUGGGGAGAACACCAGAGAAAUGGGUGUACAUCAGUCUGUAUUAUGCGGCCUUCUAUGUGGUGAUGACGGCCCUCUUUUCUCUGGCCAUCUGGACGCUCAUGUACACUUUGGAUCCGUACGCUCCGGACUACCAAGACCGGUUAAAAUCUCCGGGGGUCAUGGUGUGGCCGAACACUUACGGGGAGGAACAUGUUGAAAUCACCUACAACACAUCAGACAAGGCCAGCUGGAUGAAGAUGAGGAACAUCAUCGAUGACUUCCUGAAGCCUUACAAUGACACCAAGCAGCGUGAAUGUAACACAUAUAACUGCACAAGGGGAAAGUACUUCAUCCAGAACACCUUCACUGCCCCUAACCACACCAAGUGGGCAUGUCCCUUCACGCAAAGCAUGCUGGGAGCCUGUUCAGGAUUUGAGGACCCGACCUUUGGCUACAACUGCAGCAUGCCUUGUGUCAUCAUUAAGAUGAACAGGAUCAUCAACUUUUUGCCCACCAAUCACACUGAGCCUCCACCUUAUGUCAACUGCACUGUACUGGACGGACAAGACAAUGUGGACAAAAUCGAGUAUUUCCCUACAAAUGGAUCUAUGGAUUUAUCUUACUUCCCUUUCUAUGGAAAUUUGGCCCAGCCUACUUACGUCAAUCCACUGGUGGCUGUUCGGUUCAACCUGGUCAAAGAGAAGCAAGCCAGGAUCCAGUGCAGAGUGGUCUCCAAAAAGAUCAGCUAUGAAAACUUCCACGACCCCUACGAGGGAAAAAUCAUCUUCUCACUCAAAGCUAUGAAAUGA